UUUUCGCAAGACCAAAAGACGUAUCACCGCCUAAGCUUGCUUGCUUUCUCUCAAAUGUAAUAAGCAGCACCUGCUCCGAGCGAAAAAAUGGGAGGAUGGUACGGAUAUCUCACCUGACGUCGAUUCUCUGCAACAUUUUUUCUCUGACCGUUAUACGCGACGCGGCAUUCUGAACGAAAACUUUUUUUGCCGCCUUACUUUUUUUAAAAAUAAAAUCCGUUAAGACUCAGUCGCGAUGGUUUUACAGUGGUGUUAUGACAUCAGCGUGGAUCGGACGUUUUAGUCGAAUAUCUCUGCACUUUAAUGCGGUUUGCGUGUGUUUGAUUUAAGGACAAAUCAUAGAAAGAGGUACUGUACGUAUUUUAAUUUGUUUUUCUGUCUUUUUUUCUUUAUUAAAAGAAAUCAUGCAGAAUAUCUAAGCAACAAGCGUCGCCAUGCGAUGCGCACUUUCCCAAGGAAUAACGCAUCCUUCUGUUCUUGGAGAAAACCUCAACGUAUUUCCACAUCAACCUUACUUUGAAAGGCUCUAUGGCCGUUAUUGAUAUCGAUUCUGUUUUUGUUAACCAAUAAAUACUGUGAAAAGUGCCUUUUUUUUCUGUUUCCCAACGACAAGGAGACAUGGCUUGCUUUCCAUGGCGGGUAUUUUGGAUAAUUCAAGCGCUUGUGGAUGUGACACUUUCGCAGGAAAUCUACGCGCCUCAUUCCAUCAGAAUUGAGGGGGAUUUGACCCUGGGUGGCCUUUUCCCGGUCCAUGCCCGCGGGGUCUCCGGGGAACCGUGUGGAGAUAUCAAGAAGGAGAACGGGAUACACAGGUUGGAGGCGAUGCUUUAUGCAUUGGACCAAAUCAACAGUGACGACGAGCUUUUGCCCAACAUCACUUUAGGCGCUCGGGUUUUAGACACAUGUUCGCGAGACACGUACGCGUUGGAGCAGUCGCUUACUUUUGUGCAGGCUCUCAUACAGAAAGACACGUCGGAUGUGAGGUGUACGAACGGAGAGCCCCCGGUGUUCGUCAAGCCCGAAAAGGUGAUCGGAGUCAUAGGGGCUUCGGCGAGUUCAGUGUCCAUCAUGGUCGCAAAUAUACUGCGACUGUUCCAGAUUCCGCAGAUCAGCUACGCCUCCACCGCUCCAGAGCUGAGCGAUGACCGCCGGUACGAUUUCUUCUCUCGCGUCGUACCUCCCGACUCCUUCCAGGCGCAGGCCAUGGUGGACAUAGUGAAAUCGAUGGGUUGGAACUACGUGUCUACGGUGGCCUCGGAGGGAAGCUACGGCGAGAAAGGUGUCGAGGCCUUCAUGCAGAUUUCCAGAGAAGCGGGUGGAAUCUGCAUCGCUCAGUCCCUGAAGAUCCCUCACGACCACAAGCAGGCUGAUUUUGACAAGAUUAUCCGACAGCUGCUGGAGACCCGUCAUGCCCGGGCGGUCAUUAUUUUCGCUUACGACGAAGACAUUCGGGGGAUCCUUAACGCCAGCAAAAGAGCCGAUCAAGUGGGCCAUUUCCUAUGGAUCGGGUCAGAUAGCUGGGGAGCCAAGAACAGCCCUAUUCAAGGCCUCGAGGACGCCGCUAUUGGUGCCGUCACCAUCCUGCCAAAAAGAGCCACUAUUACAG